CUACAUGAUUAUUGUAGCGUCAUCUGGGAAAGAAAAAAUUGUGAUAGGUAACAAUGGAAAUGUAAUCUUUAAAGUUUGUAAUUUAUGGCCUCUUAUCCCGCCAGAACCUAUAUAAAGUGAAGUGUUUCAAAUAUUGAAAAAGUUCGUAACAGUUUGAGAAAAUUUUUACUUAUCAAGUUUCUUAAAAUGGAACAGUUAGAACAUUUGGCAGAUCUGCUGCCGACUUAUUACGCUAGAUUAUUUCCCUUUCCCGACUAUUAUCGUUGGCUCAGUUAUGGAAAUGUGAACACAUUUAUUCACAGAGAAUUUUCAUUCACUCUCGAAGAUGAUAUCUAUCUCCGCUUUCAGUCAUUCAAAGGUUUGAAAGAGUUAGAGCUUGAAAUAAGAAGGCUUCUUCCUUUCAAGAUUGAUAUAGGAGCAGUAUACAAUGUCAGCCCAAAAGAUUAUCACAAGGGAGCAAAUUUUAUUCCUGUCGAAAGAGAACUAGUUUUUGAUAUAGAUAUGACUGAUUAUGACGAUGUAAGAACAUGUUGCAGCAAUGCAGAUGUCUGUUCCAAGUGUUGGAAAUUUAUGGUACUAGCUUGCAAAAUCUUAGAUAUGGAUUUUGGAUACAAACAUAUAUUGUGGGUAUUCUCUGGCAGAAGAGGUAUUCAUUGUUGGGUAUGUGAUUCCAGUGCACGCACCUUGACUACCACAGAACGUGGUGCAGUGGCAGAGUAUUUGCAAAUUAUAGAAGGUGGUCAAUACAUGAGGAAAAAGGUGAAUUUACCUGGUGAUAAAAUACAUCAUUCCAUCAAACGUGCACUGGAAAUGAUAGAGGCUGUUUUUGUUCCAUUCUGUGUAGAAGAACAAGAUAUAUUAGGAACAGAUGAAAGAAUGGAAAAUUUUCUGCAGAUAAUUUCUGAUGAUGAUGACAGACAAGAGUUAAAAGCACUUUUUGGCCAAUAUAAUUCUAGCAAGGACAGAUGGAACAUAUUUGUCAAAUAUAUUCAGAACAAGAAAACCACGGGAGACAAAAAAUGGUACCAGUAUCGUCAUUUGGUAGAAGAAAUAAUGCUACAAUAUGCUUAUCCAAGGUUAGAUAUAGCCGUCAGCAAAGGAUUGAACCAUCUUUUGAAGUCUCCUUUCUGUAUUCAUCCAAAAACUGGAAAAGUCUGUAUCCCAUUCACUGCAAACACCGUGGAUAAAUUCCAGCCGGACAGUGUUCCAACAAUUACAACAUUAAUCGAAGAAAUAAAUGAAUUCGAUUUAAAAGAUAAGACUGAACAGGAAACGUACGAUUUGAACGCGAAGAAAAUAAAAGAUUACAAAAAAACUAGUAUUAAUAAGUCAUUGCGUAUCUUUCAAGAAUUUCUAUGGAAUCUGAGUAAUGAGAGAAAGGAGAGCAGGCUCAAGCAAAAUGACGAGAAAAUGGAUUUUUAAUUAGAACGUAUUUAUAUUUUUUUAAAUAAAUUAAUAAAAUUUAAGAAUAACAAUGUUCCUGGUUUUAAUUGAAUGAUCAAUUCACGUUAAUUUUCAGAAUAUUUUGAUAUAAUGUUGCGAAAAAAUUUUGAAA